GGCUGGAGGCUGCGCAUCUGGGGCCUGAAACAUACAAAGGGGCUGCCAGGACGGGCGGGAACGCGCGGCGGCGGCGCGGGCUGGGGCGCGGGGGCCGGACCAUGCGCCGCUGAGCCGGGCCAAGCCCAGGCCACCGAGUCGAGCGGCCCCCUCGGAGCGCAGCGCGGCGCGGCGGAGCAGGCGCCAGCCAGACGGCGACGCGGCCACACGCACCGAGCCAGCGAUCCCCCGGGCGACGCGCGGGGCCCGGGAGCGCAAUGACCGAGGCGCGAGGGGCCCGGGGCGCGCUCGCCGGCCCGCUGCGGGCGCUCUGCGUCCUGGGCUGCCUGUUGGGCCGCGCCGCCGCCGCGCCGUCGCCCAUCAUCAAGUUCCCUGGAGAUGUCGCCCCCAAAACGGACAAAGAGCUGGCUGUGCAAUAUCUGAACACCUUCUACGGCUGCCCCAAGGAGAGUUGCAACCUGUUUGUGCUGAAGGACACCCUGAAGAAGAUGCAGAAGUUCUUCGGGCUGCCCCAGACGGGGGAACUUGACCAGAGCACCAUCGAGACCAUGCGGAAGCCACGCUGCGGCAACCCCGACGUGGCCAACUACAACUUCUUCCCCCGCAAGCCCAAGUGGGACAAGAACCAGAUCACAUACAGGAUCAUUGGCUACACGCCUGAUCUGGACCCUGAGACGGUGGAUGAUGCCUUUGCUCGUGCCUUCCAAGUCUGGAGUGAUGUAACUCCGCUACGGUUUUCUCGUAUCCAUGAUGGAGAGGCUGACAUCAUGAUCAACUUUGGCCGCUGGGAGCAUGGAGACGGAUACCCUUUCGAUGGCAAGGACGGGCUCCUGGCUCAUGCCUUUGCCCCGGGCCCUGGCGUUGGGGGAGACUCGCACUUUGACGACGACGAGCUAUGGACCCUGGGAGAAGGGCAAGUGGUCCGCGUGAAGUAUGGGAACGCCGACGGGGAGUACUGCAAAUUCCCCUUUCUGUUCAGCGGCCGGGAAUAUACCAGCUGCACGGAUACCGGCCGCUCCGACGGCUUCCUCUGGUGCUCCACCACCUACAACUUCGAAAAGGACGGCAAGUACGGCUUCUGCCCCCAUGAAGCCCUGUUCACCAUGGGUGGCAACGCUGACGGACAGCCCUGCAAGUUCCCGUUCCGAUUCCAGGGCACCUCCUACGAUAGCUGCACCACCGAGGGCCGCACGGAUGGCUACCGCUGGUGUGGCACCACCGAGGACUAUGACCGUGACAAGAAGUAUGGCUUCUGCCCCGAGACCGCCAUGUCCACUGUUGGCGGGAACUCGGAAGGGGCCCCCUGUGUCUUCCCCUUCACCUUCUUGGGCAACAAGCAUGAGAGCUGUACCAGCGCGGGCCGCAGCGAUGGGAAGAUGUGGUGCGCGACCACAGCCAACUAUGACGAUGACCGCAAAUGGGGCUUCUGCCCCGACCAAGGGUACAGCUUGUUCCUGGUGGCAGCCCAUGAGUUUGGCCACGCCAUGGGGCUGGAGCACUCUGAAGACCCUGGAGCCUUGAUGGCUCCCAUUUACACCUACACCAAGAACUUCCGCCUGUCCCACGAUGACGUCAAGGGCAUUCAAGAGCUCUACGGGGCCUCCCCUGAUGCUGGCACGGGCACUGGCCCCACCCCCACUCUGGGACCCGUCACUCCUGAGAUCUGCAAGCAGGACAUUGUCUUUGAUGGCAUCUCUCAGAUCCGUGGGGAAAUCUUCUUCUUCAAGGACCGGUUCAUUUGGCGGACAGUGACACCACGGGACAAGCCCAUGGGGCCCCUGCUGGUAGCCACAUUCUGGCCUGAGCUCCCGGAAAAGAUCGAUGCUGUGUACGAGGCCCCGCAGGAGGAGAAGGCUGUGUUCUUUGCAGGGAAUGAAUAUUGGGUCUAUUCAGCCAGCACCCUGGAGCGAGGGUACCCCAAGCCACUGACCAGCCUGGGGCUGCCCCCUGAUGUUCAGCGCGUGGAUGCUGCCUUUAAUUGGAGCAAGAACAAGAAGACCUACAUCUUUGCUGGAGACAAGUUCUGGAGAUACAAUGAAGUCAAGAAGAAGAUGGAUCCUGGCUUCCCCAAGCUCAUCGCUGAUGCCUGGAAUGCCAUCCCCGAUAACCUGGACGCCGUAGUGGACCUGCAGGGUGGUGGUCACAGCUACUUCUUCAAGGGCGCAUAUUACCUGAAGUUGGAGAACCAAAGUCUGAAGAGUGUGAAAUUCGGAAGCAUCAAAUCCGACUGGCUGGGCUGCUGAGCAGGCUCUGGCUCCCCCAGGCCCUGCCCCUCCAUCGUCUUCUGCCUACCGAGCCCUGAGUGCCAGGGAAGGACCCGGAUGGGCCUGGCAGCCUUCAGCUCUGUAGUUAAUCGGCGUGCUCACCCCUCCCUGGUAAUUUAAGGUUCUGGAGAGUGUCUCUGCCCUGUGCCCAAGGAACGGUGCUGAUUGUACCCCUCCCAGCUGCCCUCAGCUCCCCACUCCGUAUCCCACCAGCCCUCCAGAGCCACCCCCAAAGAGAUGCUUUGAUAUUCUCAAUGCAGCCCCGCCUUGGGCUGCCCUGGUGCUCCCACACUUCAGGCUCUCCCCCCACCACGGCUUUCUGUGGCUUACAGUACCCUCAGAGCCAACAGACAGAGACUGUCUCAAGAGGGCACUGGUGGCCCGACAGCCCGGCCUGGCAUGGGGCAGCGGGAUAGGGGCAUGGUCCCCUGGCCACCCCACACACCGGGCUUCUCACUGCUUCCUGCCUUAGGACGUCUCCUACCUUAGCGGUUCGCUUUGUGUGCACUUUGUUCUUUUCUUUCGAUUUUUAUUUUUCCACUUUGACAUCAAAUUUCUUGACAGAAGGACUCAGGUUACCUGAAGUCACUCCACCAUGCAUCUCAGCCCACAUCGGGAUGGUUCUCUUGUUCACUCUAUUUAGUACGCCCCUACCCCAUCACUUCCUCCACUGGCUGGAGGAGAACCAAGCCAUGGCUCCCCGCUCAGCCCCGCCCCCCUGCCCUUCAACAGUUCCCCAUGGGAAAUGUCAACGAGUAGGAAUAAAGACACUAAUUGAGUGCA